AGAAAAUGUGUUCUCAACAUGAAAUGGACAUAAUAGUUGAACGUCUUCAUACUGAUGUCAUAAAUCACAUUAGUACUCUUUCUGAGAAUAUUGGUGCUCUUUACCUCUCUGAUGAUUAUUCAGAUGUGACUUUAAUUGUUGGUGGACAACGAUUCAAUAGCCACAAAAUUAUUUUAGCUGCACGUAGUCAAUAUUUCAGAGCUCUUCUAUUUGGAGGUUUAAAAGAGUCUACUCAACGUGAAAUUGAGUUAAAAGAUGCUAAUUUGGUUGGAUUUAAGGGUUUACUCGAAUACAUAUAUACAGGACGAAUGUCUCUUACAAAUCAACGUGAAGAGGUGGUAUUGGAUAUUCUUGGAUUAGCACAUCUAUAUGGGUUUUCAGAACUGGAAGCCUCUAUAUCAGAUUAUCUUAAAGAAAUAUUAGAUAUAAAAAAUGUCUGUCUCAUAUUUGAUGCAGCACUUCGGCUAGAAUUUCUUACUAGGGUUUGUCACGAGCACCUGGACGAACACGCAUGUAACAUGAUUAAACAUGAGAGCUUUUUGCAAUUAAGUGCUGAUGCUUUAAAUGAACUUGUUUCAAGAGACUCCUUUUAUGCACCAGAAAUUGAUAUCUUUUUAGCCGUACGAGCAUGGGUAAAAGCAAAUCCUGAUGCUGAUGGGAAAACUGUUUUAGAUAAAGUACGAUUAAGUUUGGUUUCAAUCACGGAUCUUUUGAAUGUUGUACGACCAACUGGAUUGGUUUCUCCAGAUGCAAUCUUAGAUGCAAUAGCUGCAAGAGCACCAUCACGUGAUUCUGAUCUUAAUUAUCGUGGUCAACUACUUAUUGAUGUAGAUGUUGCCCGUCCUGUAUAUGGUGCUCAAGUUCUACAGGGUGAAAUGCGUAGUUUUCUUUUAGAUGGAGAUACAAGCAAUUAUGAUAUGGAACGAGGGUAUACUAGACAUACCAUCUCUGAAUCACAAGAACAUGGUAUUUUAAUUAAAUUAGGAACUCAAAGUAUCAUAAAUCACGUUAAAAUGCUUCUUUGGGAUAAAGAUAUGCGUUCCUAUUCUUAUUACAUAGAGGUAUCUAUGGAUCAAAAAAUUUGGGUUCGAGUUAUUGAUCAUACAGAAUAUUUUUGUCGCAGUUGGCAAUAUUUAUAUUUUGAACCCAGAGUGGUUCUUUAUAUUCGUAUUGUUGGGACAAACAAUACUGUAAACAAAGUUUUUCAUCUUGUAAGUUUUGAAGCUUAUUUUACAAAUCAUACAGAAAAACUCUGUAAUGGUUUUGUUGUUCCAACGCGUAAAAUUAUUUGUUUAAUUAGGUCCCGAAAUGCUCUAUUAAAUGGUGAUACAUCAAAUUACGAUUGGGAUAGUGGAUAUACAUGCCAUCAAGUUGGAUCUGGUUCUAUUUUAGUACAACUUGGACAACCAUAUAUUAUAGACUCUAUACGAUUAUUGCUUUGGGAUUGCGAUGAUCGUUCGUAUUCUUACUACAUAGAGGUAUCCGGCAAUUCAUGGAACUGGGUUCUAGUUGCUGACAAAACUAAAGAAGCUUGUCGUUCAUGGCAAACGAUACGUUUUGAAUCCCCUCGUCCUGUUGUUUUUAUACGUAUUGUUGGAACACACAAUACAGAGAAUGAGGUUUUUCACUGUGUUCAUUUUGAAUGUCCUGCUCAAAUAAAUGAUAAAGUUGUAAGUAAAUCUUCAGUACAGAAAGGAAAGCAAUCAAAAGGUCAAGAUUCCAUGCUUUGGUUAGUGCCAGUACCUCCAGAAACGGCUACAGAAGCAGUAAAUAUUGAUCAAGAAGGAGCAAAUUCCUCAGAUUACAAUGUUUUUUAA